AUGGCCUCGCCGGUUGAAUCAGAGAAUCAAACCCUUCCAUUCGACGAUGGUCAGUCUUCGAAUGAUGCUUUUGGACCUCCCAAGUGCAGGCCAGUGGGAUCCCGCAGAUUUCUGAGUGCGUGCAUGGAAGAGAUCGAGCCCAUCGUGCAACAGCGUGGAAAAGACACCAUGUACCAGUGCUGCUAUUGUGGAAAGUGGUGCACCAUGUCGGGAACUCGCGCGUUAUCCAAGCACAUCGAGAACGACCACAGGCCUCAGGUGAUCCCGGUCAUUAGGAAUGGAAAUGGAACCUUGACGCAAUCCAUGGGACUUGGUGAAACGAAAUAUUUGUUUAUCACGUUCACUCCCCUGGAGAGCUGGAACGUGCAGAUUGAAGCGAGCCUGCAUUUCAACUCUUCGGACUCAGAGUGGGCAACGCUACGACACCUGAAGAAAGUUUCAAGGCCUAUGGUAGAAGAAUCCGACGCAGGAAGGGCGAGCCUCCAAUUGAAGAUGAGCUCUGCCUCGCCGUAUCUCCCACGACCGGUUUGGGAUGAGAAGUUGCAUUCGAAGCAGAGGCUCAGCGUCGAGAUCUUCUCAGAGGCCGAGAUUGAAGGGAGGGCGAGCGGAGCCUCUGCUGGAUUCGCUGUGAAGAUCUCGAGUGGAUCCUGCUCAACAAGCUCCCGUCAGGCUGAGCUCGAGAUCUCUCUGAAGAUCCACGGGAAGGAGACCUCGCUCAUUCUGCCCUUGGAACUGAAGGUCGAAACCAAAAUACCAUCAUUGCGUCAAGUGAUUCCGAGUGGUGUAAUGCAAUUGUCCAGCAAGGAGAAGGCACCGGUGCAGAGUGUGGAACACAGAGAGGAGGGAGAGCGUUGCAAAAGAGUCGCAGAUCUCUGUCUGGACGCUGAUGAUUACACCAUCGCUGCUGGUGAAGGGCUGUACAAAAGAAGGAAGAGCGAUUUCCAGAUUGCCUCUGCGAUUCCAUUGUCAACCUGGCCCGUCUUGGGUCUUCCGAAUACGGACAACUCUCUCCAGACUCUUCUCCUCCUUUCCCAGCUUUGUCAGAAGUCAACGGGCCCAGAUGCAUCCAUCAAGUCGCUGCCCGUUCUGAACGCAUCAAACCUAGUUAACCUGUCGAGCGCAGCAGUGCUGAGCCUGUAG